CCAUCGAUAUUGUAUAAAUUCAUUACAUAUUAUGUUUUCCAUCCCAUCCAUUGGCUUACAAUUAUAAGGCAAUCACACGUCUCAAAUUUCGCGCGAUAUUUUUCGAAACAUCCAUUGGAGAGUUUAUUUUUCAAACUUUCGUAUUUCAAUUAUAGUUUAUGAUACAAACGGUGUCCACGUUGAACCAGCUUUUCUUUCUUUUUCCACUGAUAUGAUUGCAGUGAGGACGCUGGGCGUAGCGGCGACGAAAUGAAGCAUGCAGCAUGCGUGGUAGCGGUGACGGCUGCGCGGUCCUGCCUUCAACCCCUGGUGUCCGCCAGCCGCUACCUCGCCGUUCAAGCCCUUCCUGGUGAUCCUCUUUACUUCGUCGUUGAGGCGAAGUCGAGAGUGAAGGAGGUGUACGCGCAGACAUGCAUGCUUCUCGGCCAGCAGGGCAUGCGAGACUGCGAACUGUUCGGCCUGGCAAUAUUGUCCGACGGCGAGUAUCUGUUCGUCGAUCCCGAGAAUAAAUUAAGCAAAUACGCGCCGAAAAACUGGCGGAGCUCUCAUACAUACGGCUUGGACAGCAGCGGAAGGCCAGCUUUCGUCCUCUACUUUCGCGUCCGCUACUACGUCGACACACCGUUGCUCCUAAGCGAUGAAACGACGCGUCACCACUAUUACCUGCAACUGCGCGACAAUGUCGUCAGGCAUGGCGGUGGGGUGGAGAGCCUCCAUCCUCACCAUCCCUUGCAUGAACCUUCUAUCGUUACGCCCCUGCUCACACUCGCGGGUCUCGCCCUACAAGCCGAUCUUGGGGACUAUUCCGAGGAACGACAUAGACCCCACGCAGGACCUGUGGGAUAUUGCAAACCUACGGAUUACCUUCCGCCUCACAUGUGCCUCGAGUCGAAUGUGCUCGCCGUGCUCGCGGCACAGCACAGGGACAAUCGGGGCCUCUCGAGGGAGGAGGCAGAGUUGCAAUACAUUCGGGAGGCGGUGCUGCUGGAGGCGCCGCUCAACGCUCACCUCUAUCGGUUACGAAGAAGCAAGAACGAGGCAGGUCCUGGACGUAUACUCCUCGCGAUUUGCGCUCGUGGGGUGCGAGUCUACGCCGAGGAGGAGACACCGCGUGUCUUUGCCUGGAACAAUAUCGGCAAACUUUGCUUCGACCGCAAGAAGUUUGAGAUACGCGCAGUCGAUCAGCCGGACAAGCUCACCCUCUAUAGUGGGUGCGAUGACAAAAGCAAAUUGCUUCUGGGACUCUGUCGAGACACCCAUCAGUUCUCCAUGGCCAUAGCACCUAGAGUAAAUGAAGCGAAGAAGCGAGAAGAGGAAGAGAGAAAAGUACUUCGCGACUGCUAUAUGUAUCCUGCGCGAUGUAAGCUGAGUUUAACAGCACGAGGGGCGCGCGGUGACCAACGAAUUUCUGUUAUCUCGAGCACAUCGUCUAACACAACUUCUGGAAUUGUUAGCGAUCGAGUUCAUAGCGAGGACGAGCCAGAUACGGCGCCCGCUUCGACCGAAUGUCUGCCACGUCUUACUGAAAAUACUUCACACUCCGGUGUUCAAUGCGGUGUAAAUGGAUCGAAUGCAGACGUCGAGGAUCGUUCCAUGCCGUCAUCCCCAGUCUCCACUGUGGAUGAAGUUGAUGGUACGGACAGCACUCCUACAACAGUUGCGUUACGAUUAGCAUCGAGUGCAGCUACGGCGGCCGAAGGGUCACAAUGUAGCAGCAGCUGCAGUACGGUCGUGGUUGUGAAUACACCUGCUGGUGGACCGCCACGAAUGCGGCGCACAUCCGCGACUUCCAGUUUGGAGCUUGGUUAUUCGCAUACGGCACAGAAUUCAGCAGUUUCGUCAGAAACUGCUAGCUUUCCUGGCGCCAUUUACGACAGGUGCAAGAAAGGUGGUAAAUACGCAGGCACUGAUAUUGCGAGUGAAACUAGUGGAGUGUAUACACUCAGGAGUAGUGAAAUGCAAGAUGAAAGAAUGGGAGAUCUAUAUUCACCUACUGGUGAUGUCAAUGGAUCUUCGACAGCGAGUGACGUGUGUGCCUUAAGUUCCGUACAGUCUACAACCGAUGAAGCUUCCGUAACAUCCGGUUUUUAUACCAUACACAGUGGUCUUAGAUCUGAAACUAGCGACGUUUAUACGGAAGAUGUGAGUACAGAAGAUCAAGAACCUAUUUACAGCGUCUGUAAAGGUGAUGAAGAUGUCAAUAACAUGAUGUCUACAAUCUCGGCAGUCCCUUUGGAUCAACAACUCGAAGAUUCUAGAUCACGUAGCAAUAGUAUACUUAGUGCAGGAAGCUUCAGAGGUGACGGCAGUGAUCCUUCUAGUGUUGGACCUCUGUUAUCAGCCGAUGAACUUUCUGACUUGAUUGUUGGACGUUAUCCCCCUCGAAAAACUAUUAGCAAUUCUAUGGACUCUGAUUGCGAUUACGUUACUAUGCCUCCACCACCUCCACCACCUAGGACCGAUAGCGACAGACAACUUCCUCCACCUCCUCCUUACCCAGUGAACAUGGAUUAUGCAACAAUAAAUUCACCACGGUCGAACAUACCCGAUAUUGAAAGAGAACCUCCACCUCCACCUCCAUAUAAUGCUACUCGCGGUGAAUUUAUACCUUUGCCACCACGAAGAACUGAUCCACCACCACCGCCACCAUAUACUUCACCAAGAGAAAGAAUUCAAAUACCACCGCCUACACCUCCAAGAAACGAUGCGGUGACACCUAGAGAACCUCCACCUCCACCACCUUAUCCUGAAGUUCCGGAGGUCACUCGACAAGAAGCAAUUUCCAAAUUGUAUCCAAGUGAAGAAAUCGUGUCAAGGGUAACAUCGACGAAAAUACAAACGGGUCUAACAAAUACCAAAAUGAAUGCCACUUUGACAGCUUCAAAGACUACCAACACCAUUCAAACAAACGACAUUGCGUCAAUCGCUCCGAAACCACCACCUAGAAUUCAACCACCCACUUAUCCUGGUGACAAAAUGAAACCCACGCCGGUUCAUGCUCCCGUCGCAGCUCUUGUUGUUGGACCAAACAAUUAUUUGGAUGUUCACGCUUCACGGGGUGGUCCAGUUUUGUUACCUUAUUUAACACCACCGCCACCUCCGCCACCUCCUCCACCACCCAUGAUACAUCCUAGACAGCCCCCGCCUCCACCACCCAGCUUAGCUACGGUUUACACGAGUCAAGUUGCGAGAUCGCAGAUCGAACAAUAUAAACAACAAUUAUAUUCAGACGUUGAUUACGUAAUGUUUCCUUUAAAAGAUCCCGCAGUAUCGAAACAAGAGUACAUUGACGCAAAGCAAGGAUCACUUUUGGCAGCCAUGGCUGCUUAUCCUCCUCCUCCUUAUCCUUCGUUUAAUAAUAAAUCAUUGGUAAUGUAUCGUAGCACACCAUACCUUCCUGGUUCCUCGUUUUCAUCACCCACAAAAUACGCUUCAAAUCAAAAUCUCAGUAGCAGCGACACGAGCUCUAAUAAUUAUUUACCGCAUAGUAACCUGAGUAGCCACUAUGCUGCUAGUACAAGUUCGUUAUAUAGUGGAGCUACUUGUUCAUCGGCAGGAAGUCAAAGUCUUAGACGUGAACCAUCAGCCGCAGCUCAUACUCAUACGCUCCACGCUUUCUCCAGAACAAGAAGCGACGAGAACAUAUUAAAGUGUUUCGAUUCAUCUACUAAUACAAAACUGCAAUCUCUGCCGCAAUUGAAACAUCGCAGACUUCCGCCACCUCCACCGCCACCACCUUACGAAAUUCAGAAUCUUGAAAAGAAUCAACCACUUCCGUCCGCUUCUUCGUCGUCUUCUUCACCGAAGAAGACGUUAAAAACAAAUACUGUGGAGGAACGUGAAGAAGGGAAAGAAGACGGAAUGUUGGAUAUUCGAACACUUCGCGAGAAAAGCCGUAAUUUAGAUUUACCACUAAUAUCAGCGUUAUGUAAUGAUCGAUAUCUAUUAAAACAAACGAAAGCAUUCGUUAUGCCCAAGCAUCCUGCUGAGCCGACUUCCUCGACGUCUUCAAAGAACGGCACGCGAAGCAGCAAUGGCGGAACAUCUAGUAGAAAUAAAUAUCCAGUUAGUGGUCUUUCUACAACGCAAAUCACUAAACCCCCGAGGAAAUCAUCGACGAGUACUCACAAACACCCCGCCGAGGUGAAGGGCAAUGCUUAUAAGAUCACGAAUUCGACAGGUGUGUCGGCUAUUAAAAAGGAUCCGACAAGGGCGUCACAUUCGUAAUAGACAAUAAAGAAAAAGAAAUAGAGUUUAUCAGUUUUGCGACGCUAUGAAAAUUUUAUACCUCGAUCAAAGUACAUUCCACAAAGCUGUUCAAACGAUUCCAUAACUGUUAUACUCUAUCCAUAAAAUAACAGAUAGCAGCGAAGAAAAGGUCUUAACACCUUAAGUACUUAAAUAGCGUUUCUAAAUAAACCGUGCUUCUUCAACUCAGGGUGCCAUUUUAUCGUUUACAAUUCUUUUGCUCGUCGCAAAUACUCAAGGAAGAAAAAGAAGUUCGAUGAUAGAUUAAACCUUCACAAAGUUUAAAACAGAAAUGUCGAAGGUGACUGUUACGUAAUAUCUUUUUUCUUAAAUAAUUUCGUUCUUAUGAUCUCUCUGAUACUUCUGAAAAUUGUAUUUCUUCUUUGCAAACAAAGCUUUUCUUUCGUACGUAGAAUAGUUGAAAUACACCGAUAAUAAAAAUGUUUAUUAACUUUUUUAUUUUUGCUCAAGUAAGCGAUUAGCGCGAAGUGAAAAAAUUAAAUGCGAAGUUUUGUAAAUCUUGAUAACGACAAAGCGUGACAAACGCACUUGCGUAUAGUUAUUUGAUAUUAGGACAACAAUUUGUGUAAGUAAUUACACAGAUAUUUUUAUACUUUGAAUGAAAGCAAAUAUGAGUAUUGUAACUAUUGAAAUAGUACCUUUUUUGAUGUCUACGAAAAUAAUAUUUAUUACAAUCCAGAA